AUGCCUCCCAUGGAGCCACCAAUGCACACUGCGAUCUGCUUCACGCCCAGCGAGUCCAGCACCAGCUUGUGGAUGCGCACGUCGUCUCGCACCGUGCACAGCGGGAACUCGGGCCCGUAUCUCUCGUUGUACUCCCCGUCCAUGGUCACCGGCGAGGCUGAUCCGUACGGACUGCCCAACGAGUUCAGACAGAUGAUGAAGAACUUGGUGGGGUCAAACGCCCGGUCUCUGCCGAUCAGCGGGCCCCACCAGUCCUUCACGUCCGCGGACCCGGUCAAUGCGUGCGCAAUCAGCAUGCAGUUGUCUCCCUUGUCGUUGAGUUUGCCCCAUGUCUUGUACGCCACCGGCACUUUGAAGAUCUUGUCGCCCGAUUCCAGCGUGAACUCCGGCACCUCCACGAUCGUCUGCCCGGAAACCAGCUUCGAAAACGGGUUUUCCGUCUGCUCGUCCACUAUUUUGAACCCCAUGGCUAGAUGUUUAAUUGAGACGCACGAGGACUCUAUCUCGCUAGUUCGAGGUAUCCUCACUCUGCGUCUCACCUCCCAGUCGUACUACCGUUCAGGCCUGAAAGGAACUCGUUCACAGCUCUCCAUGGGAAACAGAAAGACGUCGCAGCAGCUGUUUGUCGUUCAGCUCGACCUCAACAAUAUGGCCCUGGAAGAUAAAAAUUACAUGCGGCUGGUCUGGUUUGCGCAAAAAUACCCGUCGCAGCACGUAUUUGCGUUCGCAGGCGGGCUGACACUCGCAAACAGCACCCAGCACGAGAUCAGGCCGGUCUACAGCUCGCUCGGCCGUGUGAGAGCGCCAAAUCUUGUGCCCUUGAUUAAUCACGAGUGGCUCGAAAACACCCUCGAAUGGAUCGCAUACGCCUCGCUCAACGCGCCACAGCUGUCUGCGUUCGACAGAACAGACGACAACGUUUCCACGUGGCCGCAGACCGCGGAUCUGGGCCAGGAACUCGAGCUCUAUAAAAUCUCCUUCUCCGGACUCCUGGCUACCACUUUCGCGGAAAAUCUGCUUCAACUUUGCCCUUUCUCUUGGACAGCCAUCGUCAAGCACGGGGUCCAGGACACAAACGUCGCAUACUACAAGUCCGAACACCGGCCCGGCCCAAACGUCCAGGUGCUGCUGAAAAACGCAGACUCGUUCCAGCUUGUUCAGCUGGCUUUCCGGGUCCGCAUACAGCUUGUCGAAGUUGUCGUACUCCACGACCUGGCCCCUGUUGUUGAACACCACUAUUCUGUCGCUCGUCUUGAUCGUACUCAGCCGGUGCGCAAUGCUGAUCGUGGUCAGUCCGGCUUUCUGUCUCAGCCGCAGCGUGCGCUUGAUGGCCUCCUCCGACUUGGCGUCCAGGGCAGACGUGGCCUCGUCCAGAAUCAGAAUGCUUGGGCCCAGAAGCAGCUCGCCCCGCUCGCUGUAGGCGUGCGGGACGUUCACAGUGUCCUUGGUCUUGUGGCCCAGCAAGAGCGUUCUGGCCAGCGCUAUCCGUUGUUUCUGACCCCCGCUCAAUUGCGCUCCUUUCGACCCAAUCACCGUGUCCAGCUUGUCCGGGAAAUUAUUGAUAAACUUGGAACAGUUGGCCAGAUCGCACACUUUUUGGAUCUCUUCGUCCGUGGCAUCCAUCUUGCCGUACGUGAUGUUUUCUCUGAGUGUUCCAGAAAACAGCAUCGGCUCCUGCUGAACAAUUCCCGUCUGUUCUCUGAAAUUGGCCAGACUCACUUCUGUCAAUGGCUCCCCAUCAACGAUUAUCUGGCCGGACUCUGGCUCGUAGUACCGCAGCAGCAGCUGUGCAACUGUGCUCUUUCCGCAUCCACUAGGACCAACAAGACACACAUGGUCGCCCUUGUUGAUUUUCAGCUCCAAGUUGUUGAACACCUGGUGCGUUGGACGAGUAGGAUACUUGAAUGA